UUUUUCAAAAUCUCCCAAGCUUCUUGAUUAAACUGCAACCUUUUUUCUAAAGCAGUUGCCAUGUUGUUUAUCCCCCGGCAUGGACUGAACCAUGAUGAAGACUUUUCUUCCAACAUUUCAUUGUGGGCACCUGGAAGUGCCCCCUCCCCCUUUAAAAAUACCGUGGAUGACGGUAGUACCUGUUGCUAGCUCGAUGCAAACGGCAUAAAUGUCCUGAGUUGCUCUCAGAAAAACAGACUUGGCUUCUUUAUCCGGCGGCUAAGCCAGAAUUCAUUCCGGAAUGUUAUUGCAUCAAGGACCGAAGAGGCAAAUUGCCUCCCCUCUCUUCCUCAGAACGCCCCGGCCACGAACUGGUGGGCCGGGAAAGGCGCUUGUUUUUUUAGCCAGACCCGACUGGCGCUGCAGCGCCUGCCGAAGCGGUAAAUGGCCCCGUCCAGGCCCAGCCGGUCGCUGCUCGCAAUGGCUGCAGCGGUGGGCUGUUGUACUAGUCCGCGGCGCUCCCUCGCUCCCUUUGAGACACAGACAGGUACCGCCCUCUCGCUCGCAGUCCCGGCGGCACAUGGGGAGAUACUGCUCGGCUGCGCCCGGUUAAUGUCGAAGGGGGAGGGGGGCUUCGCUUCUUGCGCUCGCCGCCACCUCUCUCUUAGUCUAUCUGAGCCAUGUCCGCCAGAGGUGAGUGAACAUCUGGAUCGGGACAGGAGAUUAGAUCGACCUCUUCAGCCAGCGAGCGCUUCGAGAUAAGCCAACUCUCCGCCUCUUUCGCAUCUUCCUCCCUGGGCCCGUAGUUGCAUUCGUGUUAUCGCUUUUCUCCCUCUCUCGUUCCCCCCCCCCCCAGCCUCCUUCCCUUGCAAUAGGCACCUGCCGUGCAUCAGAACUUCGCUCUGCCUCCCCUUUCAUCAGGCAUUUGCUCGAUCUUUGGCGCGAGGGGAAGAAGAGCUGCGCUUGAGAGAUCCUUUACUUGCCGUUUGCGUUACACCACAGCUCUCUUCUAAGUAGUCCGGAGCCCGUGUUGUUUUCUGCUUAAGCGACUCUGGCUAAAGCGCUGCAGCACCGGCGUCCGCGGACGUAGCGGCUGUUGGAGGCCCCUGAGAGGGGAGGGAGUAGAAGCAACGGCGCCGGCCGAAGGCGCUCGGCUUCCGACUUCCGGGCUCCGUAGCCGAAGCCCGGCGCGGGUGGGUGUUUUCCUCCGUCAGUGCCACGGUGUCUCCUGCGGCAGGCAGAGCUGGGCAGCCCGACGUGCUUCGGUAGCCGAUCUGAUCCCCGCUGCCCGGUCAGCCGCAUGCAGUCCUCACCCUGGAGCGGAGGCGGCGGAUCGAAGAGUUCUCCAGAUCCUCCCGUCAGCGGCUACUUCAGUCCAGGGACAAGAUGUUCUCCAAGUUCACCUCCAUCCUGCAGCACGCCGUGGAAGCGCUUGCACCUUCCCUUCCAUUGCAAGAGGACUUUGUUUACCAUUGGAAGGCAAUUACCCAUUAUUACAUAGAAACGUCAGAUGACAAGGCUCCUGUGACUGAUACCAAUAUUCCAUCACAUCUGGAGCAGAUGUUGGACAUUUUAGUUCAAGAAGAAAAUGAAAGGGAAUUUGGGGAAACAGGGCCUUGUAUGGAAUAUCUGCUACAUCACAAAAUCUUGGAAACAUUAUACACCUUGGGCAAGGCUGAUUGUCCUCCAGGCAUGAAACAACAGGUUUUAUCUUUUUAUACUAAACUUCUGGGAAGAAUACAGCAACCUCUUCUUCCACACAUAAAUGUACACCGACCUGUACAGAAAUUAAUAAGACUCUGUGGCGAAGUUCUUGCAACACCUACAGAAAAUGAAGAAAUCCAGUUUCUCUGCACAGUAUGUUCAAAAUUGAAACAAGAUCCAUACCUGGUUAAUUUUUUUCUUGAAGUGAUUCCAGGCCCUGUCCUACACAUUUCUUCGAGGCAGAACAAGCAGAAAGUAUUGGCUUCAAAAGAUGCGGAAAACUCAGUCACAGAAGACCUUGUAAAGGGGCAAGAUUCUGGGGUGACAGAUACCGGACAGUCCAUUCAGUCUGAAGAAACAUCAAAUAGGACAAAGCAAGUAGAGAGAGAGCAUGACCUUCAGCAGGCAGAUAAUUUGUCUGCAAAUCAAAUUGAAUUAAACAUCCCUUUAUCUCCAGAGGCUUUAGCUGUUCGCCCACAUGGGGACUAUAAUUUGGUGAAUUCUCUGCUCAACCUUACCAAAAGCCCCGAUGGCCGAAUAGCAGUGAAAGCUUGUGAAGGUCUCAUGCUUCUAGUGAGUUUGCCUGAACCUGCAGCUGCCAAGUGCUUAACACAGAGUACAUGUUUAUGUGAACUGCUGACAGAUAGGCUGGCCUCUCUUUACAAAGCCCUCCCUCAGUCAAUGGAUCCUUUAGAUAUCGAAACAGUUGAAGGCAUUAACUGGGGUUUGGACUCCUAUAACUAUAAAGAAGAUGCAUCUGCUUUCCCAGGCAAAAGAGCUCUGAUUUCAUUUCUAUCCUGGUUUGAUUACUGUGAUCAGCUUAUUAAGGAAGCUCACAAGACAACUGCUGUUGCCAUGGCAAUCUCAGUGCGGGAGCGUUUUUUCAUUGACGUGAUGGAACCUCAACUAAUGCAAACUUCAGAGAUUGGAAUUCUUACUUCAACUGCCCUGUUGCAUCGUAUCGUUCGUCAAGUCACAUCAGAUGCCUUAGUUCAUGAAAUGGUUUACUUCAUCCUUGGAGAGCAGCGGGAGCCAGAAAAACUAAUGGAUGUCAACAGGCACCCAUUGCGACAUCGCUUAAUUGAGCACUGUGAUCACAUUUCAGAUGAGAUCAGCAUAAUGACCCUCAGAAUGUUUGAACAUCUUUUGCAAAAGCCUGAUGAACACAUUCUUUAUAACCUGGUUCUUAGAAAUUUAGAAGAGAGGAACUAUACAGAAUAUAAACCACCAUGCCAAGAAGAUAAAGACGUGGUAGAAAAUGGGCAGAUACCAGGAGCAGUAGACCUGGAAGAAGAUCCUUUGUUUACAGAUCUUUCUCCUGAUACUAUAUUGUCAAAUCAAGAGUGGCUUAGCGCUUCACCACCUACAACUCCCGAUCAUCCAAAAAAUGAUGGGAAGACUGAAGUCCAUAAAAUUGUAAAUAGUUUUCUCUGUCUUGUACCAGAUGAAGCCAAAUCUUCCUACCACGUAGAAGGAACAGGUUAUGAUACCUACCUCAGAGAUGCCCAUCGACAAUUUCGGGAUUAUUGUUCCAUAUGCUUACGAUGGGAAUGGCCAGGAUCUCCUAAAUUGUUGGAAAAGUGCAAUUUAGAAACGGCAUUCUUUGAAGGACAUUUCUUGAAAGUUCUCUUUGAUAGAAUGGGCAAAAUUCUGGAUCAGCCAUAUGAUGUCAAUCUACAAGUCACAUCUGUAUUGUCCAAGCUUUCCUUGUUUCCACAUCCACAUAUUCAUGAAUACCUUUUGGAUCCCUAUGUAAAUCUGGCUUCUGGCUGCCGUUCUCUUUUUUCAGUCAUUGUUAGGGUUGUUGGAGAUCUGAUGGUACGGAUUCAGCGCAUACCUGAUUUCACACCUAAACUUCUGUUGGUCAGGAAACGUCUUCUUGGGUUAGAACCUGAAGGGCCUAUUGUUGACCACAUGACAUUACUUGAAGGUGUGAUAGUAUUAGAAGAAUUUUGUAAAGAACUGGCUGCAAUUGCAUUUGUGAAAUACCACUCUUCAUCAGCACCAUGAGCAUCAAUCAAAAACUUCACAAUUAUGUAGUGUUUCGGUGAGAAAUGGGUAAUAAAUUUUCCCAGGCAAGAAAGCAAAAAAGCAAAACAUUGCCAUACAUUUGGAAAAUUUACAUGGGACACAUUCAAAUUGUAGAAGUGUUUCAUUCAUUGGCAGAGGCAACUUGGAAAUGCAAAACAGACGUCCUAUCAUCAAUCCAAGGGAUACUAGCAAAAAAAAGUUCAGCUUCAGAAGUUAUAUAGAUUGGGACUUUAAUUAAAAUAUUUUCUUUUAAUAACAUUCUGGAAAGUAGGAAUUUUUAAAUACACACACACACAAAAUAGGCUUCAUAGGUUUUAAAUAAUAGUUUUUCGUCAUAGCUAAGGUGUGUUUUAUCUCUUUAUUAUAAAAACCAGUAAGCGAUUAUAUUGUUUUAAAAUAUUUCAGGCAAUUGGGAAAAUUCAAGAAGUUUCAGACUUUAUAAACAUGAGAUUUUUUUUUCCCCAUAAUCUUUCAUAUUCUUUGAAUACUUUCUCCCUAGUGAUGCCAAGUUUAGACAGGUUUAUUUGAAUAACAUUCAUUAUCUUUUGUUAUGCUAUAUAUAAUUUUUAUCUGAUUUGACUGAGACAUAUUUUGUGCCUAUUUAGUGUUGAAAAUUCACAGGUUUUGUGCUGUUAAAUUACUUUACUAUCCAAUUAAUUUGAAAGGGUUAUCAUCUACCACAAGGGAUAAGGAAUACGUUAUUUUACUCAGAAUCCUUGAAGGCUGUUACAAAUGAAUUUACUUCUAGGUGUGAUGUUAAUGUUUACAGAAAAUCAUUACAACUCAGAGAGAGUAAAGAGCUCUUUAUUUUGACAUACCAAAUAAUCUAGGGUAGAUGGCAAACUCAAAUGCUCUUAUUAUUCAUCUCUUCUGAUCUUCCAUGAACUGGGAACUCAGAAUAAGUACAGACAAGUACAUUGUUUACUCUUUAUAAUAUUUUUAUUGGUUUUGAUCUCUAUGUGAAAGAGUUGGGAUUGAUAGACUCAUUACAUGGGGGGAACUGGUCCCUUUAUAUCACUUUUACUUUAUUUGUAGCACCAUGAGUACAACAUAAUCAAGUUUAAUCCAAAAGUUUCCUUUUUUAAAGUUUUCAGUAUUUAAUGCAAUUUUAAAUUUCUUCCUUCGUAAUAAUUUCCUUACAUGUUUGCUAAUUAUUUCAGAUAUUAUUUGGAUUGGUGUAACUUUUUUGGGGGGGAAUAGCUCUCUGAUUUGUAUUUUAAGGAAAAAAAACAGUAUCUGCCUGGUUAUAAUGUUGCAGAAAUUUGCCAGGAUGAAAACAGAUUGCUAGAGAACAGUGUAACUUUAUAUUUAAAUAAAUUAAAUGUAGGGAUUUACAUUGUGAAAAUUAAAAUAAUGUGAAAAAGUUGUCUAAUAGGGCUGCCUCUCCACAGAGGGCUUUGUUUUUCUUAAUGAAUGUUUCUGAAUUUGGCUGUUGAAUUUGAUUAGAAAAAGAUAGACUCAGGAAAUAGUUUUAUGGAAAUAGGUCCAUCUAUGAAGCAUUUAAAUAUUAUACAGGUAUAAGUAAUUUAUAUUGUUAUUAUAGAUCUUUUAAAUAUAGUGGAACUUGAGUAAAUGCAUGCAAACUAGCCAUACUCUUAAAUUUUGGGUAACGUUCUUCAGUCUUGGGGAAAUACUACCAUUUGAAUGCUUUAGCCAUUUUGUGCUUUGUUGGCAUUGUACUUUUAGCUGAAAAGUAUAGUCCAUGUUGUCCAGAUAAAAAAUACUGAACUACACAGAUAUCAAAGUGCCCCAAAGUAAGAAGAAAGAAAUUCUUGUUUUGCUAUUAGAAAGGUUACAGAAAAUAUCUAAUAUUUAUAUUCAUAUCUUCUAAAGCAUUAUAAUUAAUGCCUGAAUUGUGUAUGCCAUACACAUUAAGGAAGUACUAAAUAUGUUAAUUUUGCCAGUAAAUUCCUGACAUAUUAAGGAACCAAGAUUUUCAUGUAUUCUUUAAGACUUACAGUUUAGGAGUUCUUUGCCAUAAUAUGCAUUUCAAAGCUAGAGAAAGCUUUUCACAUUCUCUAUUCAUUAAGUUGUUUUGUGUAUCCAUAAAGUUUAGAAGAAACAUUUUAUUUUUGUAAAAACAGAUAGAAUUUUCUUUCCAGAAUGGAGCUCUUUUAAUCUUUUAAAUAUUUUGAUUUCUAUGCACUUUUUUUUAAAAAAAAAGCUAGUUAUUUUCUUCCUUGAAUUGUUUGAAUUAUGUAUGUCAUGACAACCAUCAGCCUGAAGUGUUUGUUGUGUGUGUUCAUAUAUGUGUAUAUGGCUAUUUAUUAUUCACACAGGUAAACAUACAAUGCAUUCUACAGAAUUACCAUUAGGGUUAAAGAGGUCAGAGGUAUCUAUUUGGUGCUUAUUGCCAUUACAGAUAUAGCAUUGUUUAUAUGCAUGAGUGGAUGAAGAAAGCUGGAAUUGUAUGAUUCUAAUUUUAAUUUUUAUCCUAGAUGCACAGUUAUGUAAAUAAAGGACAUUUUUCAUCUUUCUGCCAGGAAUUGUAUCUAUGUUAGAUUAGUUUCUGAUGUUGAAUAUGUAAUAACAUGAGAGAAUGAGUAAGAUAGCUGUUUCUUUUUAAACUAAUUUUAUUAUAAGUGUAUUAGUGUAGUAAAUCACAUUUUUUCUUUGUUGCAUUCUCAUACUAUUAUUCAUUCGUGCAAUUUCAGAGUUGUGAUGCAAGAUACAACUUCAGGCUGAUUGUACAUUACCUGUUUACAUAUGUAUAUUUGUAUAUUAAUGGACUAAACCCUAGUAUUUGCUUGCAGUGUUACCAGGACAAAGAUCCCAAUAUUGUACAAUCAUUAUGGUAUUUCUUUAAAAAUGGCUGCUUUCUAGGAGUUGCUGAAUCUCCUAUCAGUCUUAAACUAACAUCCUCAUUUAACUUGUUGAUGCAAACAAUGCAACACUGUAUUUUCAUUGGUCACUCAGUAUGAAAAAAAUGGAUUACUAUCAUUUAACAAACACAUCAACAUAGCUAUGAUUAAUAAUCCCUAUUCCAUGUUGCCUGCUGUACUGCUAUGAAAAUUUCUCUCAUCCAUUCAUGAGUUGAGGUCCACACACUGCUCCACUUUAUAUCAAAUGUAAAAUGUUCCUCAAGCCCUUCCUACUGGAUUUUGUCUAGUCUGAUGAUACUGUUUGCCAAAGUUUAAUAGAUUCUUGAGGAGCUGUUGGAAUUGCCACAUUAUAGAACAAUUAUAACUUAUGUCAUACAAUUCAGUUGAAAGAUUUUUAUGUUGAAAAUGUGCAUGAAGGACUUAAAAGGGAUAUUCAUAAAAAUAAAAAAAUGUAAUUUAAACAA